AUGGAGGUCAAUCCGUCGGCCGAGAAUCCUAGCCGAUCGGCUGAAUCAGAAUCGGACGAAGAAAAGAUAGUUCCACGCAAAAGAGGCCGACCAAAGGGACCUCGAGCAGUCAGCCGUCCGAUGGAACCGGAAAGACGUUCAAGUCGAUCAACCAAUCGUCCCAACCAACCGUCAAGCCGCGCAGGUCGAUCAGCCAGCCGUCCUCGCAGAUCGGUCAGUCACAAUGGAAGGGAACGACAAAUCAGUGAGAACACGCAGUUCGACGAGCGAGACACUUCAGAAUCUUCCGACGAAUCCCAAGAGCCUGGACCGUCUAUAAGGCGAAAAAAACGAGUUCGCACAAAGUUGACAAUGCCGCGAAAGAAACAAGGACAAUCUCGUUCUAAGGAAAGCGAAGAAAAAUGAAAAUGAACAGCGCCCAGGAAGAGAAUCCAUUGACAAAAGCGCAAUCACCAAGAUUCAAUCGCAUUACGGUCCGAAACCGACGAAAAAAGAGGAGGCCGAUACCAUUCACCGUUUCAAGGCUAUUUUCCGAAGUAUUCAGGCGGAAUACGACAGCAUGGUAUUGGAUGAAGUUAAAGAUGAGUUGGUUGAUUUUGUCGAUAAAGAAGAACGGCCCUCUUACACCUUCAAUCUUGCCGCUGACAACGUUCGCAUUCCACAAAUGGAAUUCUUGCCUCUUGAUGAGUAUCACAUUAAUGGAAAAACGUCGAUUAUUUGGCAGAAGCCGGACCGUGACGAAAACGAGACGGCAAUGAAGAAGUGUGUCAUUUCCUGCGCCGAAAUCGAAUCCGGAAUCAUUAAGCCGCCAAUGACCUACUGGGUGCUCAUCGAGCAAAGUAUUCACGGAUCCGAUCAACCACGGCUCACUCAUAUGCCGUGGUUCGCUGAUGGUCAGAACGACGAGGAGCUUUAUGAGCAGAUGAUAAAAGUCUUCCCGGAUGGCAUUCACGGCUUCGCUGACAACUUUGCUUACAUCAACGACUGGCUACUUUACAAAAUGAUCCGAGCGACACUAACCGGUUAUCAGGGCAAUCCGGAUCUCCUCUAUUAUGCCAUUUAUCGCCUGUGGCCGAAUAAGCUGACUCAAAGAGAGCUACGUAACGCUUUCCCGACACUUUGCAAGCGAUUCGCAAAGGAAGGCUUCGAUCCGUCGGUUUUGGAGCCAUGGAAACCGCUUUUGGAGCAACAAGUGGGCGAGAACCUUCGCGAUCCGAAGUGUUAUACCUGUUUGAGCUACUCCUGCCCAGUACAUGGAUGCAAGUUCCAAAUAUCACCGGAUUUCGCUCAAGGAGACUUCUACAGAGUGGAAAUUCCACUUGCAAAGCCCGGCGACGCGGAGGAAUGCUCUGUUGGCAACUGCUGGAAGAAACUUGAUCGGGAAGCGACUCUAAAGACGCUGAACCCGACGGAUGACGAAAAGAAGAGAAAUAGGGCCGUCGCGUACAUCGACAAGAAUCGAGUUGUCCGAAUGCAACCACGAGAUGGCUCCUCGAUUGCCACGUACUUCGGCAGAAGCUCAAGCAUCUAUCAAGUGACGUUUCUCUUCAGUUUCACGGUCAAAUAUAGUUUUCAUUACAGAAUUUCUGUGAAUUCUCGCUCAAAAUGAUCGACGAAGAGGACGCGGAUUGUGACAUCAAAUCGUGCAGUGCUGCUUACGAACUCAUCGUUUCGUUAGCUGAAAACCCGUCUGAAGGCCGUUUGACUCUGGGAAGACCGGGAAAGUUGAAGUGAGUAGACAAAAUAAAAAAUAUCCCUAGAGCAAUACGUUUUUGAGCUCCUUCAAAGAUCGCGCUGAUGCGUUCCGCCGAACAAUGCUCAAAGAAGUGAAAGUUAAGAAAAAGAAUGCCGAAGAAGCACUCCAAAGCCAACUGGACAAAGAUGGAGACAGCAAGAAAGAAGAGGCUAGUAGACAGAAGAAAUAUAAGAUGGACGUUCCGCUGCAAGCCGUCACCCCUCUCGUGCCGUGUCGCCACGAAGGUCCGUGCACUGCGGACACCGUGAACUGUGCGUGCCGCUUGAACGGAGUCUGCUCGUACAUGUGCAAGUGCGACGUCAACUGUCCCCGACGGUUCCCCGGGUGCAAGUGUGCUCCCGGACUCUGCCAGACCAAUGCGUGUCAGUGCUUCCUCGGCCAAUGGGAAUGCAAUCCGGUACCUGCAAAACGUGCAAGUGCGACGGAAUUGACACGAAAGUGAUGGGAUGCUCGAACUAUCCGAUGACUCGAAUGGUUCAGAAGAAAAUUGUCUGUGCUCCUUCUAAAAUAGCAGGAAACGGGCUGUUUAUUCUGGAGAACGCGGAAAAGGACGAGUUUGUCACGGAGUAUGUCGGCGAGCGGAUCACAGACGAGGAGGCGGAGAGACGUGGAGCGAUAUACGACCGUUAUGGCUGUUCUUACAUUUUCAGUGAGUUUCACAAAUUGCUUUUGAAGUUGAUGACAAUGCGAAUCUUCAGAUCUGGAGACCGGCGGAGCCAUCGACUCGUUCAAAGUCGGAAACCUGUCACGGUUUGCGAAUCACGAGGAGCAGUAUCCGUCGCUUUACGCCAAAACUGUCGUGGUCGCCGGAGAGCACCGUAUAGGCUUGUACGCCAGUCGCGAGCUUCAGCCCAACGAUGAGCUGACCUUCGACUACAGCUAUCCAAUGGAGCACUUGACACAUUUCAAGUAAGCUCUUGUCGUCCUUUUUCUGUAUCCAAAAAGUAUUAUUUCAGAAACGGCAACGGUGACGUCAAGCGAAAGGGGAAACGGGUCAAGGUAGAAACUUCCUCUGGAAAUCAUCGAUUAAGAUGAAUAGACUAACGCCAAUUAUUUUUGCGCAUAUUUGUAUACUAACCGAUAAGGAUAAUUAUAUUAAUAAGUUUCCUUUCUUAUUGCACAUCAUUUAUCCAUCUUUAUGUUAAUUGUUAAUUGUAUACAGAAUUUUGUUUGUUUUAUUGUUACUCUUCAUUUUAUCAGCAAAUAAAUUGACACUGACCGUUUAUAAGUCUAAUCUAAUCUGGACAGUUCUGAUUCAAUGAAGCCAAACAAUUGUUUUCCUAUUCGCACAGCUCGUUUCGAUGUCUGCAUUUUUCUGUCUCGCCUGCUUAAAGUUCCACGCGUUCAAGAAUAUUUGGAAUGAGGGCUCAUAAACUGAAACGAGGGGAGCAGAGAGUGGACAAUCGGCAGAGACGGCGCCUAAUAGAAUUAAGCGAUGCUGAAUAAAAGGGCCUUAUCUGCCCGUGGAGAACAUUCUGCUCUCUCCGGAGAUGGUUUCCUCCGCCGUCUUCUCCCUCUGCCUCCUCACUGCCGUUUCGGCCUAUCGAGAGUUCGGCCCGACCUCGAACACAAACGUGACUCACAUUUGUGUCAACAACCCGAACAUUCCAGCCUGCGGUCCUGACUUUUGCGUUAAGAACCCGGAUGCCGCCGGAUGCAAAAAGUAAGUGGCGUUCUUGCAUUCGAUUCCGCAUUUUUUUGGUUUCAGAUCGAAGAAUUUCGUGAAUGCUGCGCCUCCGUUCUCCGACAAACAAAAGAAGUAUUGCGUGGAUCACCCGACGUCCGAUUUCUGCCGUUUUGCUUCUUCCAGAAGCCGCCAGUUGAGUGCCGGAUGGAAAAGCUGGAACAAGUUUCUCAAUACGCCAAAAAGCAGAAUCUGCUCCGAGCAUCCGGAGCAUCCCGGAUGCCAGAGGUAGUGCGCUAACCACGUGGCUGGGAAUGAUUCGACAUCUUUUAGAAAUGCCUAUUUGGACAAGUUCAUCGCCUGGAAGAUUCGCAAAGACUGCGAAGUUGACCCGAGCGGCCCGUUCUGCGAGAAGACGUUGAUUAAAGUGAAGACUAUCCAGCAGAGAGUUGUGUCGUCGACUUCUCAUUCCUCGCCUUCGUCUUCAUCUUCAUCGUCCUCUUCAUCGUCGUCAUCGUCAUCUUCAUCUUCGUCGUCGUCGUCGUCAUCAUCUUCCUCCUCUUCCUCCUCUUCCUCCUCUUCCUCUUCUUCAUCUUCAUCUCAAGAGAACGACGCAUACACCAAAGAAAACGAGAGUCUGCGACGAGUGAGAAUCCCGGGAACGAGCCAGAACUCUCUGUCCAUCAAGAACCCGAUAAUUGACUUUAUCAAACAGUCGCUCAAGAGAAAACCGCAGAAGCAGACGCAAACGCAGAUCGCGGGAGCUCGUAAGCCAAGAGGAAACGUGUUCGGCGGAAAGGUUGGCGAUUUCGGAAAGCGCAGAUCUGCACGUGAAUCGAAAGACUGGGAGCCACUUGCAGUCUUCUACGGAAUAGUCGAUUCAAGAUCAGGACGGCCGAGUGUCCGCCCUCCGAAGAAAUUUUAA